GCCCCAAGCCGGAAGUGGCGGUUGCUAGGAGACCGGUGGGACGCCGCCGCCAUGGCCGCGAAGCGCCGCUCCGGGGCUGGAGCCCCCAUGGCGGCGGAGGACGAGCUGCUGCUGCUGCAGAGCCAGGCGCUGGCCGAGGAGGAGGCGGCCAAGAGGAAGCGGGAGAUACUCACCCGGUUCCUGAAGGACAAGGUGGCCAAGGAGGGGCAGAGCAGCGCCCUGAGCCUGCACAAGCUCCACGCGCAGUGGAGGGUGGUGCUGCGGGAGGCCAAGGCCGAGGAGCUGCGCCGGGACGUGCACGUCCUGAGCCGGACCUUCGCGCGGGUCAUGGACUGCAAGGACAGCGCCAUCGAGUCCCUGGCCGCAGACCUGGAGGAGGCGGAGGAGCAGCACGCCCGAGCCCUGCGCAGCCACUUGUUCAACGUGGACCGGCUGCUGCAGCUCCAGCGCUGCCGCCUGGCGUGCCUGCAGGACGGCUACAGCGCCCAGCUCCAGGCCCUGCAGGCUGCCUUUGAGGAGGAGAGGAGAACCAUCGUGGAGCAGCACGAGCGGGAAAGCUGCUACCUGCAGGACAUGGCGCUGGCCACGGAGCAGAACCAGGCCAAGAACGACAUGGAGAUCACGCUGAAAUUCCAGAGUUCCCGGGAUGACAUCAAAAACGAGAGCCUGCAGGAGAAGCAGUACACCCGCCUGCAGCUAGGGGGGAAGCUGGAGGAGCUCUGGAAGCAGGUCCGACGCGCCGUGCAGGGCUACGCCGAGGCCACCGAGCGGCAGCGGGUGGCUUUUGAGGCGCUGAAGCAGAAGGACGAGAAGAGCUCCAGGGAGGUCGAGGCGCAGACGAAGAAGCUGCAGAAGCUGCAGGACUCGAUCGCAGCCAUCAAGAGCCGACUCGUGGCUCUUCUCCGGGAGAGCGAGGAGCAGAACCGGCGCAUGAGGGAGGAGAAGGAAAAGGUUCUCGGGGAGCUCCGGGAGCUCAAGGCUGAGAUGAGCCAGAUGGGGGCCGAGGCCCACGACAGCCUCCUCAGGCUCACCUUGCAGAGCGGUGCUGCCCUCAAGGCGCUGGCGCGGGUGGUGGAGAAGGCGCAGCGCAUCCUGCGCCUGGCCGAGAUGUGCCGCAGGAUGGAGACGGAGGAGGAGAAGGUGCUGCCCUUCUACCCGUCCUCGCUGGAGGAGGAGGAGCAGGAAGAUGCCCAGCGGGUCCUCCAGGAGACACCGGUGGAGCCGCUGGCCUGGGUGAGGAGCCGGAGCGGGCGAGGGGCGGGAUCCGGGCUCGGGAAUGGCACAUGGCCAGGCUGGGGACCCCCUACCCGGCCUCUCGCCCAGGCCGUGCGGGACUCCGUGGGGCUGGAGCGCUUCUGGCAGCGGUUCAACAAGGCGAAGCUGGAGGAGCAGGCGCUGGAGCGGCAGAGGGCGGCGCUGAGCCGCAGGAACCGGCGCCUGCGGGACCUGCUCCGGCAGUACCUGGCCGGGAUCUCCAUCACGCAGGAGGUGCUGAGCGAGCCCAACCCGCUCCUCGCCGUCAGGCACAAGAGCUGCGUCCCCAGGGCCGUGCCCCGCACCGGCGGUGACUGUGCUGCGCACCCCAAGACCCUCCCGCACCCCAUCCAUGGCUCCAGCAGCACUGCCUGAGAGCCCGCCACUGCAGCGGCUGGCACUGGCAGGAGGUGCCAUAAAGGAGCUAAAUUGCACCCAAAA